AUGUCUUCAACAACUCCGCGCAUUACCGUCCUCGGGUCUUUGAACAUGGACUUGGUGGCUUACGUCCCGCACCACCCCCUCCCAGGCGAGACGUUGACGGCCGACGAGUUUGCGACGUCGCCGGGUGGGAAGGGUGCGAAUCAAGCUGUGGCGUGCGCCAAGUUAUCGCGGGCGAGGCCAACAGACGGCGAGAGAAAGGAGACUGAGAGCGGAACGGAAAAAGAGUGGGCGGGCGAGACGGCUAAGGUGGCGAUGGUCGGGUGCGUCGGCUCCGACCCCCACGGCACCCAACUCCUAACCAGCCUCUCCACCCACGGCGUCAACACCACAGGCGUAACCUCCUCCCCGCACCACCAAACCGGCGUCGCCCUCAUCCUCGUCGACAAACCCACCGGCGAAAACCGCAUCGUCCUCUCCCCUGGGGCUAACCAUGCGCUGCAACCGGGGGAUUUCACUCCCACUGAUACUGCCACUGGGAAUAACAAAGACGGCUUAGAUCUCCUCCGUACCGGGCCUGGUAGCAGCAGCCCACUACCAGAUCUCCUAAUAAUGCAACUCGAAAUCCCCCUCCCCACCGUCCUCGCCGCGCUAUCCGCCGCGCGCACAGCCGGCGUGCCCGUGCUGCUUAACCCGGCGCCGGCGAGGGUGUUGCCGGAUGAGGCGUAUGUUGGUUUGGCGCAUUUGGUGGUUAACGAGACGGAGGCAGCUAUUUUGUCGGGGUUGUCUGGGGAGACGGCGGAGGAGUUGUUGGAAACGGAGGCCGGGUUGGAGAAGGUUGCGAGGGGGUUUGUGGGGAGGGGGGUGAGGAAUGUUAUUAUUACGCUGGGGGGGAGGGGGGUGUUUUAUUUUGGUUCUGGUCGUGGUGGACCUGGUGGUGAGGGUAGCGGGAAAGAGGUGUGGGGGUUGGUGCCGGCGGAGAAGGCCAAGGUGGUGGAUACUACGGCGGCGGGAGAUACGUUUGUGGGACGGUAUGCGUUGGAUGUGGUCGGUGAUGGGGGGUUUGAUAUUGAGGUGGCGGUUAGGAGGGCGAAUCGGGCGGCGGCGAAGACGGUGGAGCGGGCUGGGGCGCAGGAUUCGAUUCCGUGGAGGGAUGAGUUGGAGUAG